UGCCUCUGGCUACAUAAACAGUUCAACAAGCCGGCCUGUGCCUUUGUCUCGCUCGCCGCCUCAUUAGAGCCAAGAGCUAGCACCAUUUGUUUUCCUCUCUCUGAAGAGAAGAGCAGCAAGGGAGAGAACCAAGAAGGAAUCCAUCCAAGACGCCAUGGCGUCCAACGGCAACGGCAGCUUGGCGAACGACGCCUCCACCCGGGGAAAGCCCAUCAAAUGCAAAGCUGCGGUGGCGUGGUGCCCCGGCGAGCCGCUGGCGAUGGAGGAGGUGGAGGUGGCGCCGCCGGGGCGGCUGGAGGUGCGCGUCAAGCUGCUCUUCACCUCCAUCUGCCACACCGACCUCAGCUUCUUGAAAGGAGAGAACGAGCUGCAGCGCAAGUUUCCCCGGAUCCUCGGCCAUGAGGCAGCCGGAGUGGUGGAGAGCGUGGGCGAGGGAGUGGAGGAUCUCGCCGCCGGCGACCAUGUGGUCCCCAUCUUCAACGGCGAGUGCGGGGCGUGCGCCUACUGCGAGUCCGGCAAGACAAACCUGUGCGGGACCUACCGCGUCGACCCUUUCAAGAGCACCAUGGCCUCCGACGGCGGCACGAGGUUCUCCGUCGUGGACGGGUCCGGCGAGCGCCGCCCGGUGUACCAUUUCCUCAACACCUCCACCUUCGCCGAGUACACCGUGCUGGACACGGCCUGCGCCGUCAAGGUCCACCCGAAGGCCCCGCUCGACAAGAUGUGCCUGCUCAGCUGCGGCAUCUCCACAGGUGUGGGGGCUGCAUGGAACACUGCAAACAUUUCCACGGGGUCCACCGUUGCAGUAUUCGGGCUUGGUGCUGUUGGUCUAGCGGUUGCUGAGGGUGCCAGACUACGUGGGGCGGCUCGGAUAAUCGGUGUCGAUAUAAACUCUGAAAAGUUCACCAAAGAGAUGGGCGUCACUGAUUUCAUCGACUCCAAGGCCUGUGGCAAGCCGGUCCAUGAGGCGAUCAGGGAGAUGACGGAUGGGGGUGUGGACUACAGCUUCGAGUGUACCGGAAUCAAUGAUGUGCUGCGAGAAGCAUUCCUGUCCACGCAUGAUGGUUGGGGCCUGACGGUGGUACUAGGGAUCCAUGCAACGCCUAAGAUGAUGCCGCUGCACCCAAUGGAACUCUUCGACGGCCGUCGGAUCACCGGCUGCGUUUUCGGCGACUUCAAGGGCAAGUCCCAGCUGCCUGACAUCGUCGACAAGUGCAUGAAUGGGGAGCUGAACUUAAACUUUGAUGGGUUCAUAACACACAAGAUGCCUUUCUCGGACAUCAACAAGGCCUUCCAGCUUCUGGAGGAAGGCAAGUCCCUUAGGUGCGUGCUCCAUUUCUGAUGGAGAGCUUAGCCUUGUUUAGGUUACAAAAAUAAAUGUAGAUUAUUUUUUUCACCAGUGUUGAGGUUUAUAACACAUGUAGUGCACAUGUGCAUCAGUCUUAUCUCUUGUAAAAAAGGGUGCGAUUUGAGACAAUUGUCCAGGAGUACAUAAUAUUUAUCAUCUCUGA